CCAGCACACGGACGCGCAGCCCGCUUUCACUUCCCCUCCCAUCUGGAUGCCACCCGCAGCACUGACCGGCCCGAGGCCAUUCCCACAGCGCACAGAGCCGAGCUGCGCUGCCACCUGCCGGCACGGCACGGAACUGCGUGAGCUCGAGCCGCUGCACCGCUGCGCUCUGAUGACGCUCUGAUAACGCUCUGAUAACGCUCAGGCGCCGGCCUCGGCAGUGCCGACGGGAGUCAUGACGGCGUCAGGUCCGAGUCGUCCUUCCAGCCCAAAGCUGUUACGCUUAUUGACGGGCAGUAGAGGCGGCACGGCGCCGAUAUUCAGGUCUACUCGGGGGUAAUGGCAGCUUUAUGAGCCAGCAGCACGCCUGGGUGACUGCUCCAACACCCGGGGCUGGCAGGAGGCUCCGGAGGUGCGUCUCACACACAGAAUCCAUGGCUACAAGUGAUCUGAGCGCGCAGUGAGCCCCUGCUAUGGCAGUUCGCUCGGGGUCACAACCGCACCCGCCUACAAACACGCCGCCAUUUUCCACGCCCUCCCGAGCGGCGCCAGGCGGGCACGGCGCGUCUCCUUAACGCCUUCGGCAGCCGCUGGGCGGCAGAGGCCGGCACCGCCAUUGUGCUCCGAGCACAGCAGAGGAACGGACAGAGCGCGGAGCGAGCGAACGCAGCACAAUGGAGCGGCGCUGCAAGGCAGCCCUUUAUCGGCGAUGCCGGCACCACGUCCCGCCAUGCCCGGCGCUCGCCCCGCCGGAAGUGUCCGCCCCGGGAGAGGCGGGGCUGCGUGUCGGCCAUGGCGGCGUGCGGCCGGGACGUGCAGCGGGUGCGGCGGUUCUCGGCGCUUUCCGUGUACCGCCGGGCGGCGGGGCCCGGCCGGAUGGAGCGGCGGCGCCGCGGGACGCCGCUGCCCGCGGGCGGUAAGCGGAGCAAAGCGCGGCUGAGGCGGGGCGCGGCGGGAGGAGGCGGCUCGGAGCGGGCCGUGCCGCCACUGGGCGUCGCUGUCCCCAACCGCGUGGAGCGGGCCCGGAGCACCGAAGCCAAACAGGGCGGCCUUAACACGAACCCGAGCGGCCUUAACACGAACCCGAGCGGCCCGCCGGCCGAGGCUCCGGCCGGAAACCUCGAAACCGAGUCGCCCGCGGGACCUUUGACAGCCUCGGGCGGCCCGCGGGCAGAGGCUCCGUCCGGGAGCCCCGAAGCAAAGCCACCCCGAGACUCCACGGCGAGCACAGCCGGCGGAGGCGUGACGGGGCUGCUGCGGCGGCUGGGGCGGCUGGAGGACAGCAGGCAGCGGGCGGCACAGCUGUUCCGGUGGCUGGUGGCGCCGGUGGCACCGGAGGAGUUCGCGAGGCGGCACUGGGAGCGGGCGCCGCUGCUCGUGCGGCGGGGUGAGCCCGGCUAUUACGCGGGGCUGUUCUCCACGGCUGAGUUGGACAGCAUCCUGCGCGGCGGUGACGUGCACUUCGGGACCCACCUGGACGUGACCAGCUACGCCGAGGGCGUGCGGGAGACGCACAACCCCGUGGGCCGGGCGCUGCCUGCCGUCGUGUGGGACUUCUACCAGAACGGCUGCUCCCUGCGGCUCCUCAGCCCCCAGGCGUUCUCCACCACCGUCUGGCACUUCCUCUCCAUCCUGCAGGAGCACUUUGGGAGCAUGGCAGGGGCCAACACCUAUCUCACGCCGCCGGGCACACAAGGCUUCGCCCCUCACUACGAUGACAUCGAGGCCUUCGUGCUGCAGCUGGAGGGCAAGAAGCACUGGCGCGUUUACAGCCCCCGGACGAGCUCAGAGGCGCUGCCCCAGUUCUCCAGCGCAAACCUCACGCAGGCGGAGCUGGGUGAGCCCCUGCUGGAAGUGGUGCUGGAGGCUGGAGACCUGCUAUACUUUCCCCGGGGCUUUAUCCACCAGGCCGACUGUCUGCCAGAUGCGCACUCGCUCCACAUUACGGUGUCCUCCUACCAGAGGAACUCCUGGGGAGACUUCUUGGAGAAGCUGCUCCCGGCUGCCCUGCAGAUGGCCCUGGAGGAGGACCUUGAGUACCGGCAAGGGCUUCCCUUGGACUGCCUGGGGUACAUGGGGGUUGCCAACUCAGAUGUAGUCAGUGCUCGCCGAACAGCGUUUGUGGAGAAGGUGCAGCACCUGAUAAAGAAGCUUGUUGACUAUGCACCCAUUGACGCUGCCAUGGAUCAGAGGGCUAAGUCAUUCCUUCACGACUGUCUCCCGCCGGUGCUUACACAAAGUGAGAAGCAGCUGAGUGUGUAUGGCUUUCCAGCCCGGUGGCAAAACGGAGAGCCCCGCAAUGUUGAUAUACUAAUAACAAAAGACACAGAAGUACGUCUUCUCCAUCAUGGCAUUGUUAGAUUGUGCAACGAAGCAGCAGGUGUGAUGCUAUAUUACACGACAGAAAACUCAAGAGUGUAUCAUAAAGAAGAGCCCAAAUACCUGGAGAUAGAUCCUGAGUAUACAGACUGUAUUGAAUUUCUGCUGUCCUCCUAUCCAAACCACGUCAGUGUGGAUGCCCUCCCAUGUGAUGCCUUGGAGGACAAGAUUUCUCUAGCCACACUCCUGUUUGAGAAGGGCAUUCUGACUACUAAGAAGCCACUGGUGCGAGUGUAAUUCUUUAUUUUUGAACAAAAUAAAAAUACAUUUGUUUAGAAAA